AUGUCGGAGGACGACCAUGAAGAGGGAGAGGUUUUUCCUUCUCGCGUUGCUGAAGCAAAAGACUCUCAAGCGUCAGUGACUGCACCUACACUUCAACGAGUGCGCCAACGGCGACGACGCCAGCAGCCGGUGCCACACACAGAGAAUACGUUUCGCAAUCACGACGUGUUUGCAAAUUCCACACAAGUAUUCGGACAAGGUUCUUCUUUCGUUUUGGCUUCUAGUGGAGCCAGUGGGGGCUCGCAACCUACUAACGGACUGCGUCACGGCAAGCAGCAAGGAGUUGCGAAUGUGGGUCCCACGAGCUAUCCGAAUAUGGAUAGCCGAGCCAUUUCACAUAAAGCUGUAGCUCAACACGGUGUCGGCGCGCCGACACAAUCAUUGCCUCAUCGAAGUGGACAACCCCGUCUCGGUCUACCACCGGCAACAAGAUCCUUGGCGGUAGAACAAUCGACAGCGGUGUCGUCGAUGGCGUUUCCGUCGGUACUACACUUGCAGACGAGAGACGCAACGAUGCAAUUGGGCGAGGUCGUAGCAUCCUCGGAUGCAAAUACGAAUGCGAUCGCAAAAUUAGGUCAUCAAAUGUCGACAGAACUACUGUGGGCUGAAGCUCGCUGCAUGGAGAUGAACGUUCACGCGGCAAUGUCUGCUCUGUGGACGGAAGCAGCUCGACUACAAGCGCAGAAUCAACGUCUUCGUGACAAAGUUCAUCAACUUCAGAGUACUGUGGAAUAG